GGGGGGAAAAUUCUUUCGGAUGUUACAGAGGAUUGCAUAACUGCAUAUAUAUAUUUGAAAAAGAAAAGGAGGGGCAAAACCAACCCCGAUCCUGAAAUGGAACACUUGAUACGAGACUGACUUUUACUGACUCUUCACACUGUUUCUCAAGCACUGUCAUUAAAUAGCAUGCUUUAGAAGAUUGGCAAGUAUAAGCAUGAUAGUGAAAGAGUAAGGUUUGAGGUCCCCCCCCCAGUUCUGUGAAAGCUCCGGUAGAAAACAGAUACCUAUCAACUUUCAUAGUCUCAGGCUUAAAAUAGCAUGACAGUGGACAUUUUUUUAAUCCUUUAGUGAUGAACCACUUCUUUUUCAAAUUAUGUUUUUUAUAGGCCCUACUCCAACUCCAACCUUGUCCUUCUCAAAACCAAAAUAAAAUUCUGUUUUGAAUGCUUUUGUACCUCUGGGUCACAGUCAUAUGCCCUUACAUAGUCCAUCAUUUGUAACUGCUGAGGUGUGUGUCCAGUUGUUGUGGUUUAACCUGGCAGGCAGCCAAACACCAAGCAGCCGCUGGCUCACUCCUGUCCCUGAUGGGGGUAAAAAUCAAGGGGGGGGGGGAAAAAACAAUAGAGUUUGUGAGUUGAGAUAAAAACAGUUUAAUAAGACAAGAACAGGAGAGAAAAUAAUACUCGUAAUAAUGAUUAAAGACUAUACAAACCAAUUUGACGCCCCGUGCAACUGCUCACCACCCAUCAAAUGACUGAUGCCCAGCCUAUAUCCGAGCAGCUAUUCUACCCCUAGCCAAUUCUUCCUCCCAGUUAUAUACUUAGCAUGAUGUCGUAUAGGAUGGAAUAUCCCUUCGGUUAGUUUGGGUCAGCUGUUGUGGUUAUGUUCCCUCCCAGCUUGUACACCUACUCUCCAGUAGAGCAUGCAAAGUUGAAAAGUCCUUGACUUAGUUAAGUAUUCCUUGGCAACAACUAAAAACAUAGGUAUGUUAUCAACAUUAUUUUCAUACUAAAGCCAAAACACAGCACUAUAUGCAACUACUAGGGAGAAAAUUAACUUUUAUCCCAGCUGAAACUAGGACACCGGUGUUAAAUUGUAGUACAAUUUAAAACUUAGACAGCAUGCUAUGCAAGGAUCAAAUAGCUGAUAAAGUUCGCAUAGGAAUCUCCUGCAGUACCUGCACUUGACUCUUGUAAAUGUACGGAAAGAUCUUUAUAAAUGGAAAUAUACAUCCAGCAAGUUGUUGUUUCUGUGCCCAAUUUAAAAUGUGAAUGUGUGAAAAAAUAAUGUCUUUUAAUUUUAUUUUUAUAGUAGUUAUAUUCAUUCUCGUUACUUUCUGAAGGCAGCUGUAUGAUAGAAGAUGUUUUUGCUUCUUGUGCAUUGAGCUUAAUAUUAAAGAAAAGAAAGAAAGCAAGCUCUUUUACUGAGGGAGGCAGGCAGGGCCAGGCGGUUCUGUCAUUUUAUGUUAAGAUUACUGUAUUCUGAUUAUAGGUAGAGGCAACUAAUUUUACUUAAUAUAUAUCAGAAUGUUUUAGAGAAUAAACAGUAUAAUGUUUAAUCUUGAUCAUUUGCUCUCAGAUGAUAAGCUAAGAUGCAAACUAAAAUAGUUCCAGACAUUUUUCUUACUUUGCAUGCUUUGAUUACAUAAGUCUUCUGUGUGAGAAUGUGACUCUUUUUCACAAGCCUGUAUCACUGUAUGAACUAAAAUAAGAACAGUCUUCCCCGUGGUGUAGUCCUUCAGUGAUGUCCUGUCCUUUGUAUUUGUACAUGCAUAAUACUUGCAGCCCUUGCCUAAAUGAAAUGGAAAUGGACUCUUCAAAACCAUUUUUAUGCCAUGUGUAACUGGAUUUAAAGACGGGUAUAUAAUUUUCUCCUCUAGUGUUUCUCUGCCAUACUGGCAUCACUACUACCGCCUUAAGUACUUUUGUUGUCACUGCCAGAUAGUUGAAAAUAAAUACUUUGCUGACUGUUUGUAUUACCAUAGUAUCUGGGAGCUGGCCGUGAUUAGGGACCUUAACUAAUGUGUUAGGUGCACUCUAACCGUGGAACAAAAACUUGGUCCUGGUCCCCAAAAUUUAAUGGUCCAAAAUACAGAACAAGACACUGAGUGGUACAAAUGCAGCUGUUGUUAAGGAGAAGACACUAGUACAUGUGUGUGCAUUAUGCAGGUAGGUAUUGUCUCUCAUAUGUUAGAGCAAAGGGAAUUGUGGUAAAACUGGAUGGUAAGGCUUGCACGUUUCUAUGAGAGGAGUUCUGGUAUCAAAGAGCACUCUUGGGACAUGUGAGUAAUGGCUUGGGUUUGUGGGAUUUUUUAAAUGUACUCUAAUUGACUAAAUGCUCAGAGUUGAAAUAAAAUAAAAUCUGUGUUGACCCAAUAUGAAACAUUUUAUCUUCAGGCAACUUAAUUUUUACAAUUCUUUAGAUUUAAGGUAAUGUUUUAAAAUUUUGAAAUGGAGUUUUUAUUUCAAAAUCAAAGCGUCACACAGGAAAAAUCACAUUGAUUUUUCUUUUCCUCAGUGUUUUCUAUAAGCUACUUUAGCUUUCAUCAUCUUAUCUCUCUCAUGUGCUCAAACAUGCAGAAAAUAUCUAGUAACAAAUACACCUUCAGCAGACAGAAAUUUCUUAGUGAAUGCAUCACCCUGCCCAUCCUAAAUUGCCUGUACACAGAAGUACUGCAAAAAUUUCCCAUUGCACUGUACUCUGAUUAUUGGAAGACUUUGAUGUUCUAGUGAAAGCAGCUGUACAUUGAGAGGAUUUUAGUGGUAAAAUAUCCCAAUAUGAAUAUGAUAUUUAACUAUUCAGACUCUGCACACAUAAUGCCGGACAGGCUUACAUGGCCUGUUCAGGUUUCAGGACAUUUUUCUGACUGGCUAUUUAUCUCAAGUGCUGAUGGAGCAGAGCAGACUGAUUUUUGUGCUGGUCAUUUUUCUCAGCUCAUAGUAAUAAUGAGCUGUCCAUCGAAACAGAUGGGAAGUUUUUCUCUUUCGUUAUUUGUUAUAUGUAGUGGUUCGUCAAUUCAGUUUACUUCAGCUAAGAGGAACUCUUCACUGUGCUAGGACUCUAAGGCAGAUGGAGAAGCCUAGGCUUUUACUCUUGCUAGUUGUGUUACGUUUCCCUCCUUUUCUUUUCCUCCUCAUCUUUCCCCUGCCUUGCAGCAUCCUGAGUGUGUGGUAUGAACUUACCUUGUCCUAGAUAUAAAACCAGGAGUAUACAGACCAAAACUUCAAUGCAUUGUGUAUUAGAUGAAAAGACAAAAAUGGAUCCAUACAACUGUCUUAAAUAAUUAUAAAGUUAGUUCAUGGUGAGUUUGGCUAAUCUCAAGAAUAUGCUGUGUGCCGGUUUUGAAAUAUUGGAGCAUUUGGCAAAAUGAGCACAGAGAAACUUUGAAAAAAACAAAAAUCAAGGGCAUAACAGUUUUUGCCUGAAUCUGAGGGAUGCAGACCUAGUUUGAACAAGUUCUUAGAUGUAUAGGAACGGUGUUCUGUUGGAUAAGUGCUAAGGAAGUUCUUGCAGUGGAAAUUCAAAUGCUAAGAGGUCUUGCUCACAAAAGCGUUCUUUCACUGACGAUGGCUCUGCUUAUAGGUAAGUUUAAAACAUCUAUGUCUGCCUGUCUCAUCAGAUUUCACUAUUGGAAGAAUCAGUACCUGAACAUACAUAGAUGUGAAAGAAUUUAUUGAUGAUUCAGCAAGGGAAGUGUUGCCUUCCUAUUUUGUGCUGAGCUGUGGGUAGUAGAAGAAAAUCUGUACUUAAAGGUUAGGGGGUUUCUUCAUUAUUCAGAAAAAAAUGAAGCAGCAGAAUUUAAUAACAUAAAGGAUCUUCAGACAAUCUAAUCUGACUCAUGCUUUAGUUAUUUGCAGUUAGUUAUCUGAGAUCAAUAACAUAUACUUGAUAAAAGCCUGUCUUUCAGAGUCACCAGGCUAAGCAUGUCUUCUGUAUUAAAUGAAGUCUAAUGUGCAGAUGUCAAGAUGUGAAGUAUUUGCAACUAUUCUUGGUAAUUACCUUCAGUAUUUCCAGUGGCUGAUUGUCUGUCUCUGAGGAAGUCUUAUUUAUAAUUUGCAUUGGCAUAGCCUGAAUUUUCAGCUAUGUUUUUUUUUUAAUAUGUCUUUGACAGUAAAUAGCCAUUUAGUAUGUGAUGCAGUUUCUCUACAAAAGUAUUUGAUACCUCACUCAAGUAACUUUAAUCAACUGACAAAUUACAUUGGUGAAAUUUUUUAAGUCUCUCAUAGUAAAACAUUUUGUCUCAUUUUGUAGCUCAUACACCAUCUCCAGCUCUUUGAGCAUGCUCAUUCACUGGUAAAAUACUGAAAAGGACAAAGUCUUCAAAGCAAAAGCAAUAUUUCUAUUUUACAAUUCAGCGCUGAAUUGGAUGCCCUCCUAAAAAGCACAAUGGCUGACAGUAAAGCAAAGUCGACCAAACCUGUGAAUAAGACUCCUCCCAAGUCUCCUUCAGAUCCAGCAAAAGACCGGGCAACAAAACGGUUAUCCUACGAUUCAAACAGCUCCCAUGAGGGUGCUAUGGCAGGAGAAAUAAGUGCUCUGGAAGAGGCCUUUAGAAAAUUUGCUAUCCAUGGUGAUACAAGAGCCACAGGAAAAGAAAUGCAUGGGAAGAACUGGUCAAAGUUAUGUAAGGACUGUCAUGUGAUAGACGGGAAGAAUGUGACAAUCACAGAUGUUGACAUUGUCUUCAGUAAAAUCAAGGGAAAGUCUUCCAGAACUAUCACUUUUGAGCAGUUUAAGGAAGCUCUUCAAGAACUCUCCAAGAAGCGAUUUAAAGACAAGAGUGAUGAGGAAGCAGUUCAAGAAAUAUAUAAACUAAUUGAAGGAAAAGCCCCGAUUAUAUCUGGAGUAACGAAAGCCAUUUCAUCUCCAACUGUAUCACGCCUUACAGAUACAUCAAAAUUCACGGGUUCUCACAAAGAGAGGUUUGAUCCCAGUGGGAAAGGAAAAGGCAAAGCUGGCCGAGAAGAUCUGGUGGAUGCUUCAGGAUACGUAUCUGGCUAUAAGCAUGCAGGCACAUAUGAUCAUAAAGUACAAGGAAGCAAGUAAGGCUGAGGGAUUACAACACAGUGGGAGAAAGAGAGGGACAAAGAGAAUAUAUUUGUAAGAAUGAUGUAGAUGAAUCCCAUAUGUUUUGGUUAUUGUGAAUGCUAAGACUAUGUUGUCAAGAAGUUGUUUUCAGGAACUGGAACUGAUUUCAACAUCUGCUGAGCUACUUGCAGCACACCACCACUUCAUUACAUUCCUCAUGUGUAUAUUGGCAAAAAUAAAUAAAUCAGUACGAAAAAGAUAUAAUUUUCUGGAGCUUUAGACAAAAAAAAACACACCCAAAGUCAAGAGCAGUCAUACAACAUUUUGUCAAUCCAGGCAAGAGAUCUCAAACAUUCCAGAAUGUCCAGUUAUCCUGAGGAUGUCAAAGAAAAUUUUCUGAAGAAUAUUCCAUUAUUUAUGCAGUUUAAUUUGGCUACUGUUUUAGGGCUUUUUUUAAAUGUCUUAUAUGGGAUCCAGCAAUAUACUAUUUAAAAGAUCCAAUGAUAUACUAUUGGGGAGUAAGUGGUUGUAAUAUAUAAGGUGGUAGCCUGUAAAUGCCAUAUACCACUGGUGAAAAACUGAAGAAAGCUAUUUCUAGGACAAUAUAGGUUCUAAAGUGUUUUAUGUCAGCAGAAAGAGGUGAAAAAUACCAGCCCUUACUUUCCUCCUGUCUAUACUUUGUGCUUGUUGCUAUGUGUAUUGUAGCUUGGUUCUGACUGGCUGGAUUUGAAUGGAGCUGUGUACUAACCUGAGAGGUGAGGAACAAGACAUGACUAAGAAAGUCUAUUAAAGCUAUUUGCAGUCUGUUUUCAAGUUUGCACUGCCUCACAUUUGAAAUGAAGGGGGCAUUAAGCUAAUAAUGCUUUAAAAUAUUGAUUAUGACUAAACACUGCCAAUUUGAUUGCUAUUAAGUGAAUAUUAUUAUGCACAUACAUUUGCACAUAUGCCCUUUAAGCUAUGUAGGGAAAGUUUACAGACCCUUGGAAUAAGGACAUUUACAAUUAAUAUCCCUGUAAUUUGCCCCCAAAAAUACACUGUUGUAACUGGGCUAUGUUUUAUCUUAGAUCCUUUGAAGCCAAGGGAUUUGAUUCUCUGUUCACUUUUGCGACUGAACUUGGGAGUGUUAGUAUUGAUGGAAAUGGCUUUACUCUCAUAGAAGGAGAACCAGGUCCACAGACUUAAGGUACAGGCAGCUGAGUCUGACCUACACGGAGCCUAAAAACAGCUUAAUAGGAAUAAAAAUAAAUAAUUUUAAUAUUUUUAAAAAAGAGAAAAGGCUUGUCCAAUUUUCUACCAGAGCUGAACAAAUACCCUAACAUAUUACACUGCUUCUCUAAAAUUAUGAAAUGUAAUAUUUUCAGUAUUCAAAACCAGCUGCCAGCAGUUAUGCUUUGCUUUCUUUCAAGAAUAGCUCAGGCACUGAUUUUCAUGUUUGACUGAAUAAAGUUUAGUAAGCUUAUUGUUCUCCCCCACCUAUAUCAGCAUCCCAUAGUACAUAAAGUUUAGCUAGCAGUGUGUGCUGUCAUGUGCCAUGCAGGUCAACAGCCUGUAUUUAUCCAGUGUCCAGGAACAGAGCACUGGUUUUCAGCCCUUAAACUGUUCACGUUUUGGUUUUCUGACAUUGAAUGGUAGCCUUUCUUGUAACUUUGCCUCCAGUGACCCUUUGAGCUCAUACAUCAGCUUGAAACCAAAACAACAAUAGCAAACAAAGGCAAUGACUUCCUGGUGAACUUGGAGAUUUUUUUGUUUAUAAUUUUUGGGGGGGGUUGUUUUGAAGAGGGAGGGAAGUUUGCCAAAACUCAGCAUGUGUUCUUGUAAAGAUUUAAAUGGUUUUUCCCAUGGUUAGCUCUGGUUACGUGGGAAGAUUUUUGAUGUACAUAAGGAUGCUGAGGAUAAGAAGCAUCCAGCUCUGUGAAGCCUUUCCAAGAUUUACCCAUUGUUCUUGAAGAAAAAUUUCCAUGGAAUGAAGGAUUAUCGAUUCCUGUGUUGCACUGAUGACCUGUCACACUCUGAGCCAGAAAAUAGCACACUGUGAUACCAACAAUGGCCAAAUUAUUGCAGCACAGUACCAAAUGGUCUAAAUUUAGACAACCUUCUUCUAUGUCACUGGUACCUGUGCACAUGAAGGUGGCUCCAGAAAAGUCUUAUUUUUUAUGAAUAAAAAGGCUAAGCCUCUAACCCUUCAUAAAUCUUUAAUUGAACUUACAGGCAAAACCAGUGACCCUGUUCUUCCCACUGACUUUAAAAUUUGACUCAUAACUCGCUGGUAACUGAAAAGAUCUGGAUCCAGCCCAAAUGAAGAGUGAAGUCAAGUCUACUGCAGAGGCCUUUCAGCAUACUGUUGAUCUGACUCUUUGUUGCUAGCUAGCUACCUGGCACAGCAGGUGAAACUUAACCUGAGGUGCACAAUUGACAGGCUUUCUCAAGUACCCAAAUACUGAGUGUCAGUAAUGCCAGAUUGUUGUUACACAGGAUGUGUGAUCGGCUAGGAUGUUUUUAAGGUAAAAUUAGGUUUUAAGCUACUAGUUCACAGAGUGAGAAAGACCAGCAAGCUCAUAAGAUGGGAGGCAUGCAAAGGAAUUGAGAAUGCAGACAAAUCCAAACUAAAUAGAAAUUGAGCUAUUCUGUUUGCUUAGAAGAAGCUGAUGGAAGUAGCUGGGGUUCUGACAGAGGUUACUUUGCAUUACUUGUACAGUAUAAAAUCCCUUCCAUGAACCAAAGCAUUUUGUAUGGACCUGGUGCAAAGUUCUUUGAAAUACUUUAAAUGAUGUAGUAAGCUUUGGAUCAGGACCUGAGGAUAUGCUUCAGAUAGCAGUAUUUUACUUUGAAGAACGUACUUGUUUCUUUACUUCUACAGUUGGAUAGUUUUAAAAAUCAAACAGAGACAUGAAAAUAAGUCAUUCAGAUAUAAAUGACAAAGGGACUUGUGGCUGCAAAGAUGGUUCUUUGGAAAGAUUUUUUCCUUUCCCUACACUUGGUAUGGAACAUAAGGGCUAUGAGUAAAAUCACCAUAUGCAACUUGUGUAUUAUUAGGGGUUCAGUCAGCUACUUAAGCUCUUACUUUUCCACUAAUAUCUGUAGGAAAUUGAUAAGCUUACAUAGUGUCUUGAAUUGUUAGCUGUAAGUUCUAGGUCUG